AUGGCCGCUGCACCUGCGCACACGUGGGAUGGGGUGCCACUCUCAAUGAGUGGGGAAUGUGACGGAAGGGCGUGGUGCUCCGCACGUGGUCGAUGUGAGCGGCGCUCGCACAUAGGAGCACCAGAGUGUCUCGGUCCAUUUCCAUCGUUAGAUGCGAACAAGACAAGGAGAAGAUCGACAUCGGCUUUAUCCUUAUCCACAAGUAUAUCCUUAUCGACAAGCAUAUCCAUAUCUAACGGGCGUCAAGAGGCGUGCAGGUGCCACAGUCAUCGAGCAAGUAGUCCGCUAUCUACACCAGCAUUACAACAAGCCAGUUUCGCCGUCGGAGAGGCUGACACGUGGACAUCUUUCACGUCUUCGGCGGCAGCGGUGAGACUCCAGGCCGUUCUUGAGAUAAAAUGCCGAGGGCGGCAAAGCCAGCGGCGACGCCCGCGCACCGGCACAGGCUGCUUCCAGAAAGCUGACGUGGCAAAGCAGUUGUCAUCAAUUGCAACGCAGCAAGUUUGCCCGGUGACCUGGCGAGGGGGAGGGGUGUCAUUGUCGACCCCGUGCUGGGACGCAGUACCGGUGGGGACCACCACCAGUGUGAAAUCGGUGCAUUUGCAUAGCAGAAGGAAAAGUGGAUCGCUAGCAGGCACUCGCUGCUCCCCUGUUGCGCGUAACGGGGGAGCAAGAGGAGGAUUUGGGAAAUCGGUUGCAAGAGCAGAACGACGGCCAGGAGGCGAUCAUGGUGAUGAUGGCGAUGGCGAUGGCGAUGGCUGUAAUCACAGUGGUGGUCGCCAAUGGGAUGAGAGGGAAACAAGCGAGAACGUCGUGGACUUGGACACCUUGGGAAAAUCGGCGGGAGAAGAAGCGAUCGACGACGGAUCGAGCCCGUGUGUCGUCAAAAGGCGGCGUCUUGUGAUGCUCCUGGUGUCAGGAGUUCUAGGACUGGAAGGGGCAGGCGGGGGAGGUGUCGAAAGCGGACGCUCCGACAGGAUGCUAGCGGCAGCAGCGGAGAAUGACAGUGAAGCAGGGUCAGCAGGUGUCGCCGAGAAAGACCAAGGAGGAGGAGGAGGAGGAGGAGGAGGAGGCGGAGGAGGAGGAGGAGGAGAGGGAGGAGGUGGUCUGGAACUGGAGGAGUAUAGGGAUGAGAAGGAGGGUUUUGUGGUCCAACGACCCCGGGAUUGGGAGAAGGUGGAGAAAGCAGGUGCCACGGCUCUUUUCCGCGACCGGCUAAAGCGAGGUAACACUGUGGGUGUGGUCGUUAAUCCCGUGCGGAUCGACUCUCUGAUCGGGUUCGGUACCGUCGACGACAUAGCUGCCAAGUUGUUGCAAGCAGAGAGAAAGAAACCGAGCACAAAGGACGUGCAGCUUCUAGGAGUGGGGGAGAGAGUGGCUGCAAGCGGAGUGCCUUUAUACACGCUGGAAUAUAGACUCGACAGUACUAGAGGACUAAAGAGAGUCUUAUCGGCGGUCACGAUAGCGCAAAGAAGACUGUACAUACUAAACAUAACAUUCGCCGACGGAGAAAGCGGCGACAAUGACAAGGGAGACGAACUGAUGGAAUUCGACGCUCUGCGGACAGUAAUGCAACGAAUUGCGGAUUCAUUUGAAGUAUUGCAGCAGACGUGAAAGGAAGGAUGGAGGAGGAGGAGCAGCAGCAGCAGCAGGAGGAGGAGGAGGAGGAAGAGGAAGCAGCAGCAGGAGGAGGAGGAAGAGGAAGAGGAGGAGGAAGACGAGGAAGGCAAGUAAGAGGAGAACGGAUUGCAAUUCGACGCUCUGCAGACUGCAAUGCAAUGAAUUGCUGACUCAUUUGAAGUAUUGCAGACGUGAGUGGAAGGAUGAUGGAUCAGCAGCAGCAGCAGCAGCAGCAGCACGACGAAGAGGAGGAGGAAGAGGAGGAAGAGGAGGACGGAUUCCAAUCCGACGCUCUGAGGACUGCAAUGUGACGAAAUGCUGAUUCAUUUGAAGGUUUGCCAGACGUGAAAGGAAGGAUACAGGAAGCGGAAGAGCAGGAGCACGGCGAGGAGCACGAGGAGGAGGAGGAGGAGGAGGAGGAGGAGGAGGAGGACGAAGAGGAGGAAGAGGAAGAGUUUUCUCCGCUGGCAAUGACAAUUCAUUUCUUUGACAUUUCUUUGAAAUUGGGGCUUUCGAUUUGUAAAGAGGAACUUGAAUGCUCCGAUGGUCAAAGGCCAUGGCGAGGAAAGGAAGUUGGGAGGCCCGCCCAGCACACCAUGUGGCUUUGAAACGAUAGACAGCUGCUGGGAAAAACUGUCAGUAAACCCCGACCAUGAGU